UCUCUCCCUUUUCCCUUCUAUUAAUACCUUAUCCCAUAAAGCCUCCCCAUUCCCUCGAGCAAGAGAAGAAAAAGAAGAAGGAAAAAAAAAACAAAAAACAAAAAACAAAAAGGAGUGCUCUCUACGGGGGUAUCUCUCUGAGCAAUUCAUGUACCUGAUUCCCACAAACAAGUACUUCUUCAAUUCAUUCUCCUUCAAUCAUCAUGUGUGUUUCAAUCUCCUCCUCUGCCCCUGCCCCUGCCCCUGCCCCUGCCCCCACUCUCUCUUCAUCCAAAUUCCCGCCGCCGCAAAUAUUUCAGUUGUUUGAUGUUUUCCCCAAAAAGCAGACGGAGCAAUUUUUUUCCUGGGAGAUUAUAAGCGAAGCGAAAUCUCUGUUCUCUCUGGCUUUUCCAAUUGCUCUGACGGCUCUCAUAAUUUACUCUCGUUCAAUCAUAUCCAUGCUUUUUCUCGGCCGGCUCGGUGACAUUGAACUCGCCGCCGGUUCUCUCGCCAUCGCCUUCGCCAACAUCACCGGCUACUCUGUUCUCUCCGGGUUGGCUUUGGGAAUGGAGCCACUCUGUUCUCAGGCAUUCGGAGCCCACCGUCCGAAGCUUCUCUCUUUAACCCUUCACCGCGCGGUGAUUUUUCUCCUCGUUUCUUCAAUACCCAUUUCUUUACUCUGGGUAAAAAUGGCGAAAAUUUUACUGUUUCUCCGUCAAGAUCCGGGGAUUACAGAGAUGGCGCAGACUUAUUUGAUUUUCUCUCUCCCGGAGCUGGUGACGAAUUCGUUUAUUAACCCAAUCCGCAUUUACCUUCGCGCUCAGGGCGUCACCGUCCCUCUCACUUUAGCAUCGCUCGCCGGGGCUGUCUUUCACGUGCCGAUCAAUUUGCUGUUGGUGUCCCAUUUCGAGUUUGGCGUGGCCGGCGUGGCGGCGGCGGCGGCGGCUACCAAUUUUCUGGUGUUGGUUUUUUUGGUGGCGUACGUCGUCGUUUCGGGGGUUCACGCUCCUACUUGGACGGCGCCGAGCCGGGAGUGUCUGAGCGGCUGGAAGCCGCUGCUGGAGCUAGCCGCGCCGAGCUGCGUCUCGGUUUGCUUGGAGUGGUGGUGGUACGAGAUUAUGAUCGUGCUGUGUGGCCUUCUGGUGGGCCCCAAAGCAACCGUCGCUUCCAUGGGGGUUUUGAUUCAAACGACGUCGUUGAUUUAUAUUUUUCCAUCGUCGCUUGGCUUCGCUGUCUCCACCCGCGUCGGAAACGAACUCGGCGCCGGCCGGCCGCACAAGGCGAAAUUAUCCGCCGUGGUGGCGGUGUUUGUGGCGGCGAUGUUGGGAUUGGGGGCCACGAUGUUCGCGACGGGGAUGAGGAAUAAGUGGGCCCGGAUGUUCACCGACGACGCGGAAAUCCUGCGGCUUACGUCGGUGGCGCUGCCGAUUUUGGGGCUGUGUGAGCUCGGGAACUGCCCGCAGACAGUCGGGUGCGGCGUUCUGAGAGGGAGCGCGCGGCCAUCCACGGCGGCGAACAUAAACCUCGGCGCGUUUUACGGCGUGGGCAUGCCGGUGGCGGUUGGGCUCGCGUUCAGGUUAGGGGUUGGGUUUUGUGGGCUUUGGUUGGGCCUAUUGUCGGCCCAAGUUUGUUGUGCUGGGCUUAUGUUGUAUGUAAUCGGCACCACUGACUGGGACUUCCAAGCUUGUAGGUCCCACAUGCUGACGUGUACUGCGGGUGAAGAAUUACCCUUGAUUUCUCCGCCACAUAAUUCAUCUUAA